AUGACAUCUCCAGAGUUUUCCCUGCUGUCGUCCUUGACGGGAGACUUGAAAUCAGUUGAUUACAUUCAACCCCACUAUAAGGAGUCAUAUCGCCUGGCGAUUGAUCACCUGGUUAAAGGCGGCAGAGAUAGUUACCAGGAGUUCCUCAAGGGAGAACGUGUCGGGAGCUUCCUCUCAGAGGAAGAACUUCACUUCAUCACUGAAAAUGCAAAACAGCUUCCACCUCAAGACAACACAGAGGAAAUCAAAGGGCCACCGGACAACCAAUCCUCCUCAGGGACAUACUGGCCCAUCCACUCAGAUGUGAAAACGCCAGAUUUGGAGUUGGGUUGGCCGGACGUCAUGCAUGAAAAACUACAGACAAAUAUAGAUCUGCUCUUUCAUCCACCCAGACAAAAUAACCCCACUAUCAAAGAAGUGAUCCGUAAGCGUAUUCAAGAAGCAAGAAAGGUCAUUGCCAUUGUAAUGGACAUGUUCACUGACGUAGAUAUAUUCAAAGAAGCUGUUGAUGCCUCGAUACGAGGAGUCCCGGUCUACCUGCUUUUGGAUCAUUUCCAUUUAAAAAGUUUCCUCAAAAUGGCUGAAAAUCAAGAUGUCAAAUUUCAACAACUUCGAAACAUGAGGGUGCGCACCGUGAAAGGUCAAGAUUACCUCUGUCGAUCAGGAGCUAAAUUUCAUGGGGCAAUGGACCAGAAGUUUCUUUUAGUUGACUGCCAUACAGCGAUUUAUGGCUCAUACAGCUUCACAUGGUCAUUUGAAAAGAUUAAUCUGAGCAUGGUGCAGGUAAUCACAGGCCACCUGGCGAAGUCCUACGAUGAGGAGUUUCGAACACUCUACGCACGCUCGACUGUGCCAGCUGAACUCUCCCCCCCCGAGGCUUUGUUCCAGUGCAACGGGCCACAUGGACUGCAGAUUUUUCCAAAAUCUCAUUUGUCCCAAAAAAUCGAGCGGAGGGACCAGUUUAGGCAUACGCUGGACACAGUCUAUCGGAAGACCUGUGAGAAGAAACUAGGACUGAGAGACCUUGAGGAGAGGCUCUUUGAAGGGGACCCUAACAAGCUUGGGUCAAUGAUUAAGAAUGGGGUUGGUGUUCAUAACGAGAUGACACAAUUUCAAUCUUCAGAUACGAUAGACUACUUGAAAAGGCACAGCUAUGCUGGGGAGAGACAGGAUGGAAAUAUGCAGCAGAACAUCAGGCCCAGAGCAAGCAACUGGAACAUCUCUAAAGGAACAGGAAACAGAACAAACCACUACCCAAUGGACAAUUACUCACAAGUGCCACAGAUGCACAGAGGUCAAAACAUGCGGCAGUCUUACAAUGGUAACGACAAACAGGUUCUGUCCGUGCAGCAGAAUAUGCCAACACUAGAGAAUACAUCCAAGUCAUUCAUGCGCACAUGGAGGAUUGAGUCUUACCUCAAAAACACUGACGUCUCAUUUGGAGACUCUUCUGACCAUUUAGACCAGUUUGAACCACAGGACACAGCUAACUCCUACAUUCAGGGAAGGAACAGGUCUUCCCUUGUUUUCAGGUCCACUAUACCAGAGCAAAUGGUGCCAAACAGACACAUUAACAACUCCUCUUCUGGUGUUAACUCAGCAGCACCAAAUACUUCUUUGCACUCCUCCAUGCAGUGGAAUCCAACAGCAGCAGCUGAAAAUCGAAUAAGUAAUGAAGAGUUCAUGUUGAAGAGGCAAGGUUUGCAGACUUCGGAUGACAAUCGAAAUGACACAAGCUACGGUCUAGGUAGAAACUCUUACCACUCUGUAUACACUAGCUUAGGCAGAGCUAAAGGUGGACACAUGAUAACAAACCCAGACACACUAACAGACAGUUGGCAAAAAAGGCAUAGUUUGGCAGAUCCGAGAUCAAACACUGAGAACACGCAUGAAUCCUCAGGUCACAUGUAUGGAGCUUAUGCAAGGAUGCAAGUUAAUAGAAGCACAGCAGGGAUCAAUGCACAGAGUGGAGGAUAUGUGUCAAAUCUGAAAGAAGAUCAAAGAUCUGCUUCUCAUUACGAUGUCAAGAGUAUCACAGGCAGAAAUAACCCUGGUACUCCCACUUGGCAGGUGCCGCCAUCAAGGACUGUGUCCACAGCAGCCCUCGAUGUGAAUAGAAAGCAUUUAACAGCAAAAUCCAACAGCAUGAGCUCCCAGCAAAUUCUAAAGAUGGGGUCCAAUAAAAUAAAAUCCUUACUGAACAUACCAGAGAAAAAAGUGGAUUCAGUAGGAAUCACAGCAACACCGAGUCUGAAGUCAUGCGGCAGCACAGACACUAUAACAGCUGAGGACGAGGACAGGAUAUCAUGUGCAGGAGAAAAACUUCCCCAAAGCACAACCAACUCUGUCAAGUCCUACUCAGAGCACCGGAAGAAGCGAAUAGAGGUCGAGUUUCUAAAACCUUCAAAACCUCGAUUCACAACUGAGGAGCGCCAAAGUCCACCCAAAGUCUCUCUCACUCAAUCCACCUCACAGAAGAAACCCAGUGUUUUUAACAAAAGCGCAAAGCCCGGUCUUGGCUCAGAGAGCAAAGAUCGACGCACAGAGACUCGCCUUUACAGCAGAUUUGAGCCUUUCUGCUUAAAUGAAAAGAAACAAUCUAUCCGCUCUGCGCAUGACUUUGGAAACGCACACUCUCAGGAGAAAGCCAAAGGCCUUUCUGAAGAUGAGGCAUCUAUUGAUCACAACCUCACCCGGGCUGCACGAGGGCACAAUGAAAAUAAGCUGGAGAAAUUCUUUCAUAGAGUUGGAAAUCUCAUAAACAAAAACAAGUCUUGA